AUGUCGAACUACAAUGAUGAUCUCCGCAGAUUGCUUCUACAUGUCCAAGAGGUCCAGUGUCAUGAUAAUCAUCUGGCCAUAUAUACAGCAGACUGGUACGGGAAACUAUAUGAUGAUAGUGGAAAGUACAAGAAUGCGGAAAUUAUGAAGAAAAUGGUGAUGGAUGCGAGGACAUCUGCUCUCAGCCAGGAGCAUCCUUCAACACUGAUCAGCAUGGGCAACCUUGCAUCGACAUACCGGAAUCAAGGUCGGUGGAUGGAUGCGGAGAAGCUGCAGGUGACAGUGCUGGAGGCGAAGAAGCGGGUGCUCGGCGAGGAGCAUCCUUCAACACUGAUCAGCAUGGGCAACCUUGCAUCUACAUACCGGAAUCAAGGUCGGUGGACGGAUGCAGAGAAGCUGGAGGUGACGGUGCUGGAGGUGCACAAGCGGGUGCUCGGCGAGGAGCAUCCUUCAACACUGAUCAGCAUGGGCAACCUUGCAUCUACAUACAUGAAUCAAGGCCGGUGGAUAGAUGCGGAGAAGCUGCAGGUGACGGUGCUGGAGGCGCAUAAGCGGGUGCUCGGCGAGGAGCAUCCUGAAACACUGAUCAGCAUGGGCAACCUUGCAUCUACAUACAUGAAUCAAGGUCGGUGGACGGAUGCAGAGAAGCUGGGGGUGACGGUACUGGAGGUGAAGAAGCGUGUGCUCGGCGAGGAGCAUCCUUCAACACUGAUCGGCAUGGGAAACCUUGCAUCUACAUACCGGAAUCAAGGUCGGUGGGCGGAUGCAGAGAAGCUGGAUGUGACGGUGCUGGAGGUGGAGAAGCGCGUGCUCGGCGAGGAGCAUCCUGAAACACUGAUCAGCAUGGGCAAUCUUGCAUUUACAUACCAGAAUCAAAGUCGGUGGGUGGAUGCGGAGAAGCUACAUGUGACGGUGUUGGAGGCGAGGAAGCGUGUUAUUGGCGAGGAGCAUCCCUACACACUACGGAGUAUGGACAAUCUCAUUAUAUUAUACCGCAACCUGGGCCGGUUGUCUGACGCAGGAAGGCUUGAGGAGGAGGUAAGAGAGAUCAGGAAGAGACUCCUUGUUCGGAAUGACCGUGAUGUAUAA